UGAGUGUCUUUGGCGAUGUUUGUAAUUCCCAGAGGUCCUGUGCAGCAGCCGCUUGAGGAUCGGAUCUUCACUCCGACUGUCUCAGCUGUGUACAGCACUGUAACACAGGUAGCAAGACAACCAGGACCUCCUGCUCCAUCCCCUUACUCUGCACAUGAAAUAAACAAGGGACACCCAAAUCUUGCUGCAACGCCACCAGGACAUGCAUCAUCCCCUGGACUUUCACAGCAGCCAGGAGGGAGGAGGGACAGAAGCUUUCAACCCCACCCAAGAGCCAACAGUCUUUUUGAAGAUCCAAGGGAUCUGGUGCAAAGGAUUCUGGGAUGUGGGAUGACCCCUUACCCCUCAGGGCAGAAUGCAGCUCCAGCCACAUUGGUGUACCCCCAAACUCCUCAAACAAUGAACACGCAGCCUCAGACACGCUCUCCGUUUGCAGCGGGGCCUCGACCUGCCCAUCAUCAGGGAGGAUUCAGACCCAUCCAGUUUUUUCAGAGGCCUCAAAUUCAGCCUUCUAGAGCUGCCAUCCAGAACAGCAACCCUUCUAUCCGUCCUGGUGCACAAACACCAACUGCAGUGUAUCAAACCAACCAACACAUCAUGAUGGUUAACCAUCUGCCAAUGCCGUAUCCAAUGCCCCAGGGCCCCCAAUACUGUAUACCACAGUAUCGUCACAGUGGCCCUCCUUAUGUUGGGCCACCACAGCAGUAUCCUGUUCAACCGCCAGGGCCAGGGCCGUACUAUCCAGGUCCCGGUCCCGGAGAAUUCCCCAAUGCCUAUGGAACACCGUUCUACCCAAGUCAGACAGUGUAUCAGUCAACACCCAUCAUAGUGCCUACACAGCAACAACAACCGCCUCCACCAGCGAAAAGAGAGAAAAAAACAAUCCGAAUCCGGGAUCCAAACCAGGGAGGCAAAGACAUAACAGAAGAAAUAAUGUCUGGAGGUGGCAGCAGGAACCCUACGCCUCCCAUCGUGAGACCCACCUCUACACCUACUCCUCCGCAGCUGUCCAGCCAGGUCCCAGAGCACAUCCCUGUGGUUUAUGGGACUGUGGAGAACACUCCUCUAGCUGCCAGCACCCCUGUCACUGCAACUAGCGACCCGAAGCAAGAAGAGAAAGCAAAACCAGAUCCAGUAUUAAAAUCUCCUUCCCCAGUUCUCAGACCAGAGCCUAGUGGGGAGAAAAAAGGUCCAGCUGGCCAGACAUCUGAAACUGCUUCAGUGGAACCACCACCAGAGCUUCCUCUUGCAGAAUCACCAGUCCCUGUUGCUCCGAAUGCAGGUGUAACUGCAGCUGCUGUUGCUGCUGUUUCUAGUGUAUCUACAUUCACAGCUGACUCAGAGGAGAGAUGUGAAAUAACUUCCCCGACAGAGGACACUAUGCCUAUAUCCAAUGCCACACCCUUCACAGAAGAAUCGGACCCUUUACCAACAGAAGAGGCUGAUGCUGAUAUGUGCAAAGAGCCUUCUAAUGUAGCACCUAGUGAUAUUCCCGUGACUGCUAGUACUAAUCUAAUUAAUGACAUGAAUGGAGUUAGUGAAAAAGCUCCUAUGGAUGGCACAACAGAAAUAGUUCAGAUGGAAGUUGCUUCAUUGACUGUUGAACUGGAGAGUUUGGAAGGUCCUCCUGUAGAAGUAGAAAUUGUACCAUCUCCCAUUGCUCUUUCCACCUCUCCCUCUCCUCCUCCAACUCCUCCUGUUCCUGUAGCUGCUGCUGUUAUCACUGUAAUUCCUCCUUCCCUUCCUCCUCCUCCUCCUCCUCUUCCACCUAGUUCCCUCCCUGCUCUUCAGGGAGAUUUAGAUGGAGAGGAGAGCAGAAGAAUUCCUCUUAUCGAAGAUGUAAAAGAUACUCAAAAGAAGGAAGAGAUGGAAGAAGAUGGGCAACCAGAGGGGAAUGCAGAGUCUCAGAAUUUAACCUUCAGGAAGAGCCCUGUACCAGCCCAAACAGCUGUAACUGCACCAAAGAUGUGGAAGAAGCCAAAAGAUCGGACCCAAGCCACUGAGGAGGUGUUAGAGGCGGAAACAGAGCCUAAAGCCGAAGAGGAACUUUCAGGUGACAAAGUAUCUGAAUCUGAACAGGAUAAAAUGAGCCAUGAGUUCCACCUGGAAAGAGAUACCUCUGAGCUUAAAAAAGCAAACAUUUUGGAAGAAAAUGGAGAGCAGGAAGCAGAGCCUGUACGUAACGGUGCUGAGUGUAUUUCAGAGAGUGAAGGAGCUGAUGCUAAUUCAGGCUCCAUUGAGAGCUCUGGUGAAGGGCUAGUAUUCCAAUAUAAACCAGAGCAGUGGAAGCCCACGGAUCCUGACGGGAAGAAACAGUAUGAUAGGGAGUUCCUGCUCGAUUUCCAGUUCAUGCCCGCCUGUAUACAGAAACCAGAAGGGCUGCCUCCCAUUAGUGACGUGGUGCUCGACAAGAUUAAUCAGCCAAAAUUGCCAGUGAGAACUCUAGACCCUCGUAUAUUGCCUCGAGGACCAGACUUCACACCAGCCUUUGCCGAUUUUGGGAGGCAAACAUCUGGGGCAAGAGGUGUUGCUGCCUGCAAAGUGCAGCACAACCCUGGAUUGCCUUCUCUGGCUCGGUGUGGCACCCCAGCAUGCCCUCUGUUGAUCUCAUCUCACCCACCAUUGAGGAACCUGCCAAUAGGGUUGCUAAAUGUUGGACCACGACGAUCACAGCCAAACCAGAGGAGGGAGCCCAGGAAGAUCAUCACUGUAUGUGUGAAAGAAGAUGUCCACCUGAAGAAAGCAGAAAAUGCCUGGAAACCAAGCCUGAAAAGAGACAGCCAGGUUGAAGACUCUGAAAAUAUAAAAACCCAGGAGCUGUUCCGCAAAGUUCGAAGUAUCUUAAACAAAUUGACGCCACAGAUGUUCAAUCAGCUAAUGAAGCAAGUAACGGAUCUGACUGUAGACACAGAAGAGAGGCUGAAAGGAGUCAUUGACCUGGUCUUUGAGAAAGCCAUCGAUGAGCCCAGCUUCUCUGUGGCUUAUGCGAAUAUGUGUAGAUGUCUUGUAACGCUGAAAGUACCUAUGACAGACAAGCCUGGGAGCACAGUAAAUUUCCGCAAGUUGCUACUGAAUCGUUGCCAGAAGGAAUUUGAAAAAGACAAAGCCGAUGAUGAUGUUUUUGAGAAGAAGCAGAAAGAGCUUGAAGCUGCUACCGCUCCUGAGGAGAAGACACGGCUCCAUGACGAGCUAGAGGAGGCCAAGGACAAGGCUCGACGGAGAUCCAUUGGAAACAUCAAAUUCAUUGGUGAGCUCUUCAAACUGAAAAUGCUGACAGAAGCCAUCAUGCAUGACUGUGUGGUGAAGCUGCUUAAGAACCAUGAUGAGGAGUCCCUGGAGUGCCUUUGCCGCCUGCUCACAACCAUUGGCAAGGACUUGGACUUUGAGAAAGCAAAGCCCCGUAUGGACCAGUAUUUUAAUCAAAUGGAGAAGAUUGUGAAAGAGAGAAAAACAUCCUCCAGGAUUCGGUUUAUGCUUCAGGAUGUAAUAGACCUAAGACUGUGCAACUGGAUAUCCCGGAGAGCAGAUCAAGGCCCCAAAACCAUUGAGCAGAUUCACAAAGAAGCAAAAAUUGAAGAGCAAGAAGAGCAGAGAAAGGUCCAGCAACUCAUGACUAAAGAGAAGAGAAGACCAGGUGUCCAGAGGAUAGAUGAAGGUGGAUGGAACACUGUUCAGGGGGCAAAGAACAGUCGUGUGCUUGACCCCACCAAAUUCCUUAAAAUCACCAAGUCCACAAUAGAUGAGAAGAUUCAGCUUGUGCCUAAAGCCCAGUUGGGCAGCUGGGGGAAGGGUAGCAGUGGUGGAGCAAAAGCAAGUGAGAUUGAGUCCUUACGACCAAGUGCCACUAGUUUGAACAGAUUCUCUGCACUGCAGCCCCCAGUGUCAUCUGGGUCUUCUUCUGUAUCCUCAGAAUUAGAGUCUCGCAGGGCCUUAACUAGUCGUGGAAGCACAGGCAGGGAGAAGAAUGACAAACCUGUCCUAUCUUCAGUCUCACGUCCAAACACCUUCCUGCGGGGCAGCAGCAGUAAAGAGCUGCUGCUAGACAAUCAGGCGCAAGAAGAACAGCGGCGAGAGAUGCUUGAAACAGUGAAGCAGCUAACAGGUGGCAUGGACGUGGAUAGAAACAGCACAGACACAGACAGGAACAAAGCCAAGGAAACUGCCAAGCCAGAAACUCACUCAGCUUCAGUACAAGAUAAAUCUUCACUGUCAGAAGAGGAAAUGGAGAGAAAGUGCAAAUCCAUCAUUGAUGAGUUCUUGCACAUUAACGAUUAUAAGGAAGCAAUGCAGUGUGUGGAGGAGUUGAAUGCCCAGAGUCUGUUGCCCAUUUUUGUACGAGUAGGAGUGGAGUCUACUCUGGAGAGGAGUCAGAUCACCAGGGAUCAUAUGGGCCAGUUACUCUAUCAGUUGGUGCAGUCGGAAAAGCUGAGCAAACAGGAUUUCUUCAAGGGGUUUUCAGACACCUUGGAGCUGGCAGAUGAUAUGGCCAUAGAUAUACCACAUAUUUGGUUGUAUCUAGCUGAAUUGGUGACUCCCAUGUUAAAAGAAGGAGGAAUCUCUAUGAGAGAACUUAUGACAGAAUUUAGCAAACCUUUACUUCCUGUGGGAAGAGCUGGGGUCUUGCUUUCUGAAAUAUUGCACCUUCUAUGCAAACAAAUGAGCCAUAAGAAAGUAGGAGCCUUAUGGAGGGAGGCUGGCCUCAGUUGGAAGGACUAUUUACCUGAAGGGGAGGAUGUAAAUACCUUUCUCAUUGAGCAGAGCUUAGACUUCACAGUGUCUGACUGUUCCAGUUCCUCCGAAGCACUUUCAGAGGAAGAACUCUCUGCCGAUGAGCUAAACAAACAGCUAGAAAAACUCAUUAUUGAUGACAAGGCGAAUGAUGAACAAAUCUUUGAUUGGGUAGAGGCUAAUCUAGAUGAAAGCGAGAUGAGUUCACCUACAUUCCUUAGAGCUUUAAUGACAGCAGUUUGUAAAGCAGCCAUUAUAGUGGAUUCUUCUAAUUUCCGUGUGGACACUGCUGUUAUCAAGCAGCGAGUUCCGAUCUUACUCAAGUACCUAGACUCGGAUACAGAGAAGGAACUACAAGCACUUUAUGCACUACAAGCAUCAAUAGUAAAACUUGAUCAGCCUCCUAAUCUGUUACGGAUGUUUUUUGACUGCCUGUAUGACGAGGAGGUGAUAUCAGAAGAUGCCUUCUACAAAUGGGAAAGCAGCAAGGACCCAGCAGAGCAGAAUGGGAAAGGAGUAGCACUGAAAUCAGUGACAGCAUUUUUCACAUGGCUACGGGAGGCUGAAGAGGAAUCAGAGGAUAAUUAAAACUUAAAAUACAGAAAACAAAACAAAAAACAAUUUAAGUAUUUUUUUAAAAAGUUUCACGUCUUCGCCAAUCACGGUGCAGCAAGGCCAAUUCUCGCGCAUAACCCCCUCCUUCUCCCACACAUGCACGAGUGGGAGAGGAAAAAAUAGAUAAACAUAAAGGUGAUCAUGGAGGAAAAAGGUACUUGAGGAAAAAAAGUAAACUUCAGACCUGAGGGCGGGAGCACUAUACCAAAAUACAUGUAUUAUUUAUAGAAAAUAUUUUCUGUUUUAAUCAUUUUUUUCUUUUCUUUUUAAACAAGGACUCAUACUUUUAAAAACAGAUCUGUUUAGCAAAAAAAAGUUGAAAACAUUAAUUUAUUAUUUUAAGGACUGCAAAUGCCAGUGUAAUUCUUAAAUUUGCAGUUUCUGUAAACAAAUUGUAUGAUAGAAAAAAGCAGAGAAAUAAAUGUCCCUCCCCUUCAGCUGCA